GGUAUGGCUUGCCUUCUUCGUAUGGGUUUACACUCGACAUUUUGUAGGCUGUUCACAGAGAAGAGGAGGUGAUCGCCGGGCACUGAGGUGCUAGAAGAUACUAUGCAGUGAGUGCUUUUCGAGUCUGCUGUUGGCCUUCGACAGUCGACGAAGGGAUGCGGUGCCUUCGACGAUGGUGCGAAAGCUUCCCAGUUCCGUCAGUUCUUGCUCCCGUUGUCAGUGUGCCAGGCUUGCCUCACGCGUUUGCUCCGACUCUCCGCUCUCUCACCAACCAGAUCACCAACCAACCAACCAACCACAAAGCUGCACAUCAGCCUCCACCGCUUCAUCUUCAAAAGUCCUUCGGACAAAGGCAAAUGACAUCCGCUGCAGCCAAUUACAAAUCGUUAUAUCCCGCUCCAGACCUCCUGUCUCGCAUCCUCUGUCGCGCAGCGCUCACCGGCUCGCCAUCGGAUCGGCGCAACUGCCUCUUGGUGUGCAAAGCAUGGAGCGUCGCAUUUUCCAGUCGGAAACCGUUACUUGUCAAAUACAACUUCCACAGAACGGAGGGACUUCCCGAUGGAGACAUCUAUAACCUGAACAGUGCCGGGGGUAACAUAGUCUCAAGCUUGGAUUGGGGCAUCGAGACAAUAGGUUGUAUUUGUGUGUAACACAUAGUUCAUCAAUGACGAUCAAGGAAUAGGAAAGUCCAUUAUACAUAUAAACCACCAAGAAAAGAUUACCGAGCAGCAGUUGUCGAUGCUCCACCAGCCGGCUGAGCCACCGACGACGACGGCGUUGCGGUCGCUCCCACUGUAGAAGCAGUCUUCCCACUGUUCCGGAGGAGGUAUACUGCAAGGUAUUCACAUGGGUUUGGUGGUCUAUGA